UUUGAUAAACAGGGCAUUAUAUCCGAACUCUGGGAUUCAUUAAAUCCUGCCUGGGGAUUAUUAGAGGCACUUUGCAAAUGAGUCUCUUUUCCGUUGAGGAGGAUCACUAUGGAGACGACAAGUAAACAAACAAAACAACGCCAAGAGGAAAAAGCAGGUAAGGACGAAAAAGGACAGAAGAAAGAGAUCGGAAGCUCGAUUACGGAGGUCUGUGCUUAAGAAUCGAAUAGGAAGAAAAGGUCAAACGGAGUGCCACAAUGGAAGCCAUGGCAAAGCUGAGGGGCAAAUGCUUACAAAGAGGUGCCUCAGGUAUCAAAGGCCUGGCCAGGUUUUUCCGCAUCCUGGACGACAACGGGAGUCGUUCGCUGGACUUGGAGGAAUUCCGGAAAGGCCUGAACGAAGCUGGAGUGGCCUUGGACGAGGGAGAAGCCGAGGAGGUUUUCCACCUCUGUGACAAAAACAAGAAUGGGACCCUCGACUUCGAGGAGUUCCUGCAAGCCCUACGGCCCCCCAUGUCCAAGGCCAGGACGGAGGCCAUCGGGGCGGCCUUCCGCAAGCUGGAUCGGACAGGUGACGGGGUGGUGACGGUGGAGGACCUGCGGGGUGUUUACGAUGGGCGCCAGCACCCCAAGUUCCGGAGUGGGGAGUGGAGCCAGGACCAGGUCUUCCGGGCCUUUCUGGACAGCUUCGACUCCCCCGAUGACAAGGACGGGAAGAUCACGGCCGAAGAGUUCCUCAACUACUACAGCGGCGUCAGCGCCUCCAUUGACAGCGACAACUACUUCGUGGAGAUGAUGAAGGUGGCUUGGAAAUUGUAGUGUGGACACUCAGGCCGCUGCAUCCCUGAAAGUAGAACAAGUUAGCUUAGCAUGGAUUGCCUCUUGGGCUGCGUUUUCACUUGCUUACGGUCAGGCUUGCUCCCAUUUUUCUAUUAUACCUAAAUAAAGCACGCUAAACUUUA